ACACCUUGGCCCACUUGAACACCUUAUCUCAUAGCAUCAUGUCUCUGGCACACACAGCUGCAGAGUAUAUGCUCUCUGAUGCCUUGCUGCCUGACCGAAAGGGCUCCCGCCUGAAAGGACUGCGCCUGGAACUGCCCAUGGACCAGAUGAUCAAGUUUGUUGCUGUGGGCUUCCCCUUAUUGCUGAUGUCUCUGGCUUUUGCCCAAGAGUUCUCCUCUGGGUCUCCAAUCAGCUGCUUUUCUCCAAGUAACUUCAGUGUCCGGCAGGCUGCAUAUGUGGACAGUUCCUGUUGGGACUCCCUGGUUCACCAUGAACAGGAUGAGGCUGGCCGGUACAAGAUAAAAUCUCUCUGGCCCCACAAGGCCCUCCCCUACUCCCUUCUGGCCCUGGCCAUGGCCAUGUACCUGCCAGUACUGCUGUGGCAGUAUGCAGCUGUUCCAGCCCUCAGCUCAGAUCUGCUGUUCAUCAUCAGCGAACUAGACAAAUCCUAUAAUCGUUCCAUCCGCCUGGUGCAGCACAUGUUGAAGAUCCGGCAGAAGAGCUCUGACCCGCUUGUCUUCUGGGAUGAACUGGAAAAGGCCCGAAAAGAACGAUACUUUGAAUUCCCCCUACUAGAGCGGUACCUGGCAUGUAAGCAGCGCUCACAUUCACUAGUGGCCACCUACCUCCUGAGGAACUCCCUUUUGCUCCUCUUUACCUCAGCCACAUACCUGUACCUUGGCCACUUUCAUCUGGAUGUCUUCUUCCAAGAAGAAUUCAGCUGCUCCAUCAAGGCAGGGUUACUACAUGAUGAAACCCAUGUUCCUGACCUGAUUACAUGCAGGCUGACCUCCCUAUCCAUUUUUCAGAUUGUCAGCCUCUCCAGUGCAGCAAUAUACACCUUAUUGGUUCCUGUGAUAAUAUACAACUUCACACGGCUGUGUCAGUGGGACAAACGACUCCUAUCUGUAUAUGAGAUGCUCCCAGCUUUUGAUCUCCUCAGCAGAAAGAUGCUGGGAUGCCCAAUCAAUGACCUCAAUGUAAUUCUUCUUUUCCUCCGAGCCAACAUCUCUGAGCUCAUCUCUUUUAGCUGGUUGAGUGUCUUAUGUGUGUUGAAGGACACAACCAUCCAGAAGCAUAACAUUGACACAGUGGUCGAUUUCAUGACGUUACUGGCUGGCUUAGAACCCUCAAAACCCAAACAUCUCACCCAACAGAUGUGUGAUGAACAUCCAUAG